AUGCUACGAUUACAGACGCUACGAUUACAGACGCUACGAUUAGAUGCUACGAUUACAGAUGCUACGAUUACAGACACUACGAUUACAGACGCUACGAUUAGAUGCUACGAUUACAGAUGCUACGAUUACAGACGCUACGAUUACAGACGCUACGAUUACAGAUGCUACGAUUACAGAUGCUACGAUUACAGAUGCUACGAUUACAGACGCUACGAUUACAGAUGCUACGAUUACAGAUGCUACGAUUACAGAUGCUACAAUGACAGACGCUACGCUUACAGACGCUACGCUUACAGACGCUACGAUUACAGAUGCUACGAUUACAGACGCUACGAUUACAGACACUACGCUUACAGACGCUACGCUUACAGACGCUACGAUUACAGACGCUACGAUUACAGACGCUACAAUUACAGACGCUACGAUUACAGACGCUACGAUUACAGACGCUACGGUUACAGACGCUACGGUUACAGACGCUACGAUUACAGACGCUACGAUUACAGACGCUACGAUUACAGAUGCUACAAUGACAGACGCUACGAUUACAGAUGCUACGAUUACAGACGCUACGAUUACAGACGCUACGAUUACAGACGCUACGCUUACAGACGCUACGCUUACAGACGCUACGAUUACAGACGCUACGAUUACAGACGCUACGAUUACAGACGCUACGAUUACAGACGCUACGAUUACAGACGCUACGGUUACAGACGCUACGGUUACAGACGCUACGAUUACAGACGCUACGCUUACAGACGCUACGAUUACAGACGCUACGGUUACAGACGCUACGAUUACAGACGCUACGCUUACAGACGCUACGAUUACAGACGCUACGAUUACAGACGCUACGAUUACAGACGCUACGAUUACAGACGCUACGGUUACAGACGCUACGGAGACGCAGACGUUAAUUGUAAAGACUAUAACAUCCCUCAGUAUAAAGACUAUAACAUCCCUCAGUUUAAAGACUAUAACAUCCCUCAGUUUAAAGACUAUAACAUCCCUCAGUUUAAAGACUAUAACAUCCCUCAGUUUAAAGACUAUAACAUCCCUCAGUAUAAAGACUAUAACAUCCCUCAGUAUAAAGACUAUAACAUCCCUCAGUUUAAAGACUAUAACAUCCCUCAGUUUAAAGACUAUAACAUCCCUCAGUUUAAAGACUAUAACAUCCCUCAGUAUAAAGACUAUAACAUCCCUCAGUAUAAAGACUAUAACAUCCCUCAGUAUAAAGACUAUAACAUCCCUCAGUAUAAAGACUAUAACAUCCCUCAGUAUAAAGACUAUAACAUCCCUCAGUUUAAAGACUAUAACAUCCCUCAGUUUAAAGACUAUAACGUCCCUCAGUUUAAAGACUAUAACAUCCCUCAGUAUAAAGACUAUAACAUCCCUCAGUGUAAAGACUAUAACAUCCCUCAGUAUAAAGACUAUAACAUCCCUCAGUGUAAAGACUAUAACAUCCCUCAGUAUAAGGAUUAUAACAUCCCUCAGUGUAAAGACUAUAACAUCCCUCAGUGUAAAGACUAUAACAUCCCUCAGUAUAAAGACUAUAACAUCCCUCAGUUUAAAGACUAUAACAUCCCUCAGUGUAAAGACUAUAACAUCCCUCAGUGUAAAGACUAUAACAUCCCUCAGUGUAAAGACUAUAACAUCCCUCAGUGUAAAGACUAUAACAUCCCUCAGUAUAAGGACUAUAACAUCCCUCAGUAUAAGGACUAUAACGUCCCUCAGUUUAAAGACUAUAACAUCCCUCAGUAUAAAGACUAUAACAUCCCUCAGUAUAAGGACUAUAACAUCCCUCAGUAUAAAGACUAUAACGUCCCUCAGUUUAAAGACUAUAACAUCCCUCAGUAUAAAGACUAUAACAUCCCUCAGUAUAAGGACUAUAACAUCCCUCAGUAUAAGGACUAUAACGUCCCUCAGUUUAAAGACUAUAACAUCCCUCAGUAUAAGGACUAUAACAUCCCUCAGUAUAAAGACUAUAACGUCCCUCAGUGUAAAGACUAUAACAUCCCUCAGUAUAAGGACUAUAACAUCCCUCAGUAUAAAGACUAUAACAUCCCUCAGUGUAAAGACUAUAACAUCCCUCAGUAUAAAGACUAUAACAUCCCUCAGUAUAAAGACUAUAACGUCCCUCAGUAUAAAGACUAUAACAUCCCUCAGUUUAAAGACUAUAACAUCCCUCAGUAUAAAGACUAUAACAUCCCUCAGUAUAAAGACUAUAACAUCCCUCAGUAUAAAGACUAUAACAUCCCUCAGUUUAAAGACUAUAACAUCCCUCAGUUUAAAGACUAUAACGUCCCUCAGUUUAAAGACUAUAACAUCCCUCAGUAUAAAGACUAUAACAUCCCUCAGUGUAAAGACUAUAACAUCCCUCAGUAUAAAGACUAUAACAUCCCUCAGUGUAAAGACUAUAACAUCCCUCAGUAUAAGGAUUAUAACAUCCCUCAGUGUAAAGACUAUAACAUCCCUCAGUGUAAAGACUAUAACAUCCCUCAGUAUAAAGACUAUAACAUCCCUCAGUUUAAAGACUAUAACAUCCCUCAGUGUAAAGACUAUAACAUCCCUCAGUGUAAAGACUAUAACAUCCCUCAGUGUAAAGACUAUAACAUCCCUCAGUGUAAAGACUAUAACAUCCCUCAGUAUAAGGACUAUAACAUCCCUCAGUAUAAGGACUAUAACGUCCCUCAGUUUAAAGACUAUAACAUCCCUCAGUAUAAAGACUAUAACAUCCCUCAGUAUAAGGACUAUAACAUCCCUCAGUAUAAAGACUAUAACGUCCCUCAGUUUAAAGACUAUAACAUCCCUCAGUAUAAAGACUAUAACAUCCCUCAGUAUAAGGACUAUAACAUCCCUCAGUAUAAGGACUAUAACGUCCCUCAGUUUAAAGACUAUAACAUCCCUCAGUAUAAGGACUAUAACAUCCCUCAGUAUAAAGACUAUAACGUCCCUCAGUGUAAAGACUAUAACAUCCCUCAGUAUAAAGACUAUAACAUCCCUCAGUGUAAAGACUAUAACAUCCCUCAGUAUAAAGACUAUAACAUCCCUCAGUAUAAAGACUAUAACGUCCCUCAGUAUAAAGACUAUAACAUCCCUCAGUUUAAAGACUAUAACAUCCCUCAGUAUAAAGACUAUAACAUCCCUCAGUAUAAGGACUAUAACAUCCCUCAGUUUAAAGACUAUAACAUCCCUCAGUAUAAGGACUAUAACAUCCCUCAGUAUAAGGACUAUAACAUCCCUCAGUUUAAAGACUAUAACAUCCCUCAGUAUAAAGACUAUAACAUCCCUCAGUAUAAAGACUAUAACAUCCCUCAGUUUAGAGACUAUAACAUCCCUCAGUAUAAAGACUAUAACAUCCCUCAGUAUAAAGACUAUAACAUCCCCUCGCUGGGAGUCACUACAUUUCAACAUUCACAGUUGCGUGUGGAUUACCCCAUGCAGCUGUUGCCCAGUCCCCACUCAACAUCAGGCAAGAGAGGCGGGUCCUUCAGACAGGUACAAGGACAGGAAGCCAGUCAGCCGUUGAACUUGACCUCCAAACCCAAGGGGAUGGAGAUGGGGAAGACACCCAGCCCCCAGGCCCUGGAGCUGGGUACGCUGGGUCUGUCCGGGGCCUACAGACCCAGAGAGCACCAGAGAGAGGUGUCCCAUAGUCCGCCACGCACUGCCCUGAGGGCCGAUGGUGGAUCGCAGGUGGUGAAGGACCUGGUGAAGAUCGCGGUGAAGAUCGGGGUGUUGUUCCGGAACAAUCGCUUCACCACCGAGGAGCUCGCCAUUGCACAGGACUUCAAGAAGAAGCUGCACAUGGGCGCCAUGACGGCCAUCAGCUUCUAUGAGGUGGAUUUCACGUUCGACCAGGCCGUGAUGUCGGAGCUCCUGAGCAGCUGCAGGGACCUCCUCCUGAAGCUGGUCCAGACCCACCUCACGCCCAAGUCCCACGGCCGCAUCAACCACGUCUUCAACCACUACUCGGACCCCCAGCUCCUCAGCAAACUGUACGAGCCCAGCGGACCCUACCGAGCCCACCUCACCAAGAUCUGCAAGGGACUCAACAAGAUGGUGGAGGACGAGACUUUAUGA